GACAAGGAUGCCCCUAAACAAGGAGGGCCAAGGCAACUGAGCCCAAGGGAGGAACUUUUUUUAACUCUGUGCCGUCUAAUACAGGGCUUUAAAGAGGAGCAUUUGAGUCAUUUGUAUGGUAUUUCUCAAGCAACUGUCAGUCGAAUUGUAAUUUCUUGGAUUAUUUUUUUGUUUCUAAAGUUCAGCACCAUUCUUAUAUGGCCCUCUAUAAGGAAAAAGUUGAAGAGCACAUGCCUGCUGACUUUAAGGAGAAAUACCCUUCUCCCAGGGUCAUAACUGACUGUACUGAAAUCCGCUGCCAAAUUCCCAAGAGUCUUCUUUUUAACAGUGAGCUUUUUAGCUCAUACAAAAAUCACACUACUCUGAAGGUUCUGGUUGGCAUCUCACCUGGGGGUGCCAUAACAUUCAUCAGUCAACUAUACACAGGCCAUAUUUCAAAUAGAGAAAUUGUUAUGCCUUCAGGAUUUCUAACUUUACCUUUUGCAAGAGGAGACUCCGUAAUGGCAGAUAAAGGGUUUACUGUGCAGGAUCUUCUUCCCCUUGGUGUCUGCCUUAACAUCCCUCCUUUCCUUGGAAGCAAAGGUCAA